GGAUUUCAUCUGGAUAUGGGCUAUUAUAUGCAUCCGUAUGAUCGGUACGCGCGGGGGACGGACGAGCCCGAGGAGGACGAGAGUCAGGACUACGAACUGCUCUUGGGCUAUGAGAACGGAACCCACACGGUCAUCAGGUUCCGGAGACGCUACGACACGUGCGACCCACGUGACUACAGGAUCACGAACGACACCAUGAGGAUGAUGUACGCAUACCACAGCGACGAUCCGGUUCCGAGACCGGGGUCCAAACUCGGUAGUCUCUCAUAUCACGGUCCAACUCAAAGAGGAUUUCGCAGCUUGUACCUCGUGGAGAGGGUGAACCUGGGUGAACCUCUCCCACGGGAUAUCCUCAGCUGGGACCUGAGGAACCCCAUGGUCGCUCUCCCAGCAUCCGAAGACACGCUGUACUGGUGCAAGAUCUUCAAGUUGCCUAACCUUAAGCGCAAACAUCACAUGGUUCGGUACGAGCCUCUGCACCAGCCGGGCAACCGCGCGUACAUGCACCACGUCAUAGUGUAUGAAUGUCAGGGCAAUGAGGAUGAGUUCGAGCGUCAUGCCAGAGACAAGGGACAAGUGUGUUACGAGCCCUCGAUGCCACAACUCUUCUUCAACUGCAACAACGUUGUCAUCGCCUGGGGGUUCGGCUCGGAGGUCUACGUCAUCCUAGCUCUGACCGUCUGUUCCUACGCCUUGGCCUGCCAGGGAGGACAUCACGAUGGCUUUCCUGAGGUCGCCAGGGAUGCCGGCCUGGCAAACUCUUAUGGAUCUUACGGUGGUUAUGGUGUCGAUGGCUACGGAGCUCCGGUCGCUCUCCCAGCAUCCGAAGACACGCUGUACUGGUGCAAGAUCUUCAAGUUGCCUAACCUUAAGCGCAAACAUCACAUGGUUCGGUACGAGCCUCUGCACCAGCCGGGCAACCGCGCGUACAUGCACCACGUCAUAGUGUAUGAAUGUCAGGGCAAUGAGGAUGAGUUCGAGCGUCAUGCCAGAGACAAGGGACAAGUGUGUUACGAGCCCUCGAUGCCACAACUCUUCUUCAACUGCAACAACGUUGUCAUCGCCUGGGGGUUCGGCUCGGAGGGUUUUAGUUUUCCGCCCGAAGCGGGAUACCCUCUGGACCCAGACCUCGGUCCCAGAUACUUCAUGAUGGAGACGCAUUAUAAUAACCCGACGCAAGACAUCGAUGUCACCGACAGCUCCGGGAUACGUGUUUACUACGCAGCGUCCCUAAGGCGUCACGACGCCGGAGUGCUGUCCCUAGGGCUGGAUCCGAACUGGCGACACAUAAUUCCUCCGGGACAGCCAGAGGUCGUGUCUGAGGGACACUGCAUCUCGGCCUGCACACAGCAGGCCCUGCCUCCGCGGGGGAUAGACAUAUUUGGAGUGGUCCUGCACACACACCUCAUAGGUCGGAAAGUCCGCCUCCGACAAAUCAGAGAAGGCGUGGAGCUUCCCCCCAUCACAGCUGACAACAAUUACGACUUCAGUUACCAGGAAUACCGCCGUCUGCAAAACCCAGUCACAGUUUACCCGGGUGACCACCUGAUCGCUGAGUGUGUGUACAACAGCGAAGGUCGCUCCACGAUCACGCUCGGUGGUCUUACAACUCGUGAGGAAAUGUGCCUCGUGUUUGGGCUGUACUACCCUCGGAUUGACCUCUCCCUGUGUCACAGCUUGCCCUCGCUGCCCACGGUCCUGCAUUCUUUGGGCAUUCAAGAACUCUGGCCGUUGUUUGCAACUACAUUAGCCGUGGUCAACCAGAAAGUUUCGGACGAAUCAAUUAUUCUGUAUCUCGUAACUUGGAAGCGUCUCGGGGAAGAACAGAAGAACACGGCGGUCCUUUUCCAGAUGUUGAUUAAAAACCUCGAAGCCCGUAGCCAGAGGCCUCAUGAUAACCGACGAGAAGCGAUGGACUGCGUACGGUACGUGUCUACGAGAACUGUGCCACAGCACGUGGGCGACUGGAGAGACGUUCUUCGGGGAAUGGCAAAAGCUUUCUCACUAGAUAGAAGGGACUACCAAGAUGAUAAGCUUUUUAUUGUAGUCCUUUCACCUGCGUUGUGUCGAAGGAAUUAACACCAAUUACAAACA